UCCAUCAGUUCUUCCUUUGCCCAGGAACAUGGCCAACAGGAAAGUAAUUACAGUGUUUGGAGCAACAGGAGCUCAAGGAGGCUCUGUGACCAAGGCUCUUUUGGAGAGCAAACAUUUUGUAGUGAGAGCACUGACGAGGGAUGUGACUCGACCAAAAGCCCUAGAGCUGCAAGGUCUUGGAGCUGAGGUGGUAAAAUGUGAUCUGGAUGACAAAGCAUUAGUGGAGGCUGCUUUAAAAGGAGCCUAUGGUGUCUUUGUGGUGACCAACUUCUGGGAGCAUUGCAGCAGAGACAAGGAAGUGUGUCAGGGAAAGCUGGUGGCAGACACUGCCAAGCUCCUGGGGCUGAAGCACGUGGUGUACAGCGGCCUGGAGAACGUGGAGCAGCUGAGUGGGGGCAAGUUGCACGUGCCGCACUUUGAUGGGAAGGGAGAGGUGGAGGAGUAUUUCUGGUCCAUUGGAGUUCCCAUGACCAGCGUCCGCUUGCCAGUUUACUUUGAAACCUUUCUCACUACGUGGAAGCCGGCGAAAGCCCCUGAUGGAGAUUACUACACCUUAGCACUACCCCUGGGGGAUGUACCAAUGCAUGGUUUCUCUGUUGCUGAUGUUGGAGCAGUCGUCUCUAGCAUUUUCAAUUCUCCAGAGGAGUUUAUAGGCAAGGCUGUGGGGCUCAGUGCAGAAGCACUAACAACACAGCAGUAUGCCGAUGUUUUGUCCAAGAGUCUGGGGAAAGAUGUCCGAGAUGCAAAGAUCACUCCGGAAGCAUAUGGAAGGUUGGGAUUCCGAGCCGCAAAGGAAUUGGCUGAUAUGUUUCGCUUUUUUCAAAUGAAGCCAGACCAUGAUGUCAAGCUCACCCACCGUCUAAACCCCAAAGUCAAAAGCUUCAGCCAGUUUAUCUCGGAGAACCUAGGUGCCUUCAAAGAUAUAUAGAAAAAUCAGCUGUUCAGACAGGCUUUGACCACACAGCCUCUCUGAUCUUGCUCAUCUUUGUAAUACAACAUCUACAUUUGUAGAACAGAUAUGUUAGAGUGCAUUUAUUUGUACCACCAAAGGAAACCCUUUUAAUCCUCUGUUUAGUAGGAAACAGUGCAUUGGUGACUUGACAUAGUAACUGGAUUCACAUAGAACUUUCUAGCUAGUGAUGAAGGUGUCUGACUACUUGGUUAAAUGAAAGCUCUUUGUUUCUUCCUUCCUGUUGGGGCUGGAACCCAGGGUCUUUUCAUGCACUCUACACUGAACUAGCCACGCCCCCCAUCACCUUCUGUAGCUCUCUCUUCCCAACCACCAAGUCACCUCAAAAAGAUCUGUCCUGACAAACUUGGACUGUUGUAAAUAGGAGUCCACUGAACUUUCCCCUGGGGUGAGCAAUCUCAAGUCUCUGUUCUGACAUUCUCCUAGGUGGCUCCAUUUUCUAAAGCGCAUCCUACAAUUUUCAGUGAACUUUGAAAUAACAUGAAUUUUAAACAAAUGUCUUUGUAGAGAAUCUUCUGGGGAACACGGUGUUUCAUGAAGAAGCACAAGCAUUAGAAACUGUGAAAUUCAGUUUUGCUUCAAGGUUGGGAGUUUAUUCUCAGAUUCAUUCAUUAAAGCCUCUAUCAGAUCAUCAUUUGUUAUCCAUCUAUUCAUACAACUAUCCUUCACUUAUCCAUCCUACAACAUUUUUUUUUUAGUGCCAGACCUGGUGGUAAGUUUGUGAACUUCUCUCGUCUUCUCUGUUUUUUUUUACUGCCCUGAUUCCUUCCCAGUUUGUGGUUGGAUUUGUGUCAAACCAGGGCUAGAGGAGCCAGGCAGUCAUUUUGUAACAAAUGAAAUGCAGAGGAUCUGCAGUGGCUGAAGGGCAGGAAGCUGGACUCAAGGCCUGGGAAGUGGACAGAUGAGGUGGCAGAAAGGCUCCCCAAGUAUCUUUGUAUAUCUCUGGCUUAGCAUUUUCUAUGUCAUGUUGUAAUUGUCUUAUUUGCUAGUCUUCUUCCUUACUCUGAGUGAUUUGUAUUAUGCCUGCUACGUAAUAGGUAACCAAUAAAUAUUGAUUGACUACAUGAGUACAUAAG